AUGCCCUAUCUGAAGAACAUGAAGAAGUUGGUGCAGAGACACCGACAGAAGAACAACACGGCACCCCCUGUACCUACAUCCCUCACCCCCUGUACCUACAUCCCUCACCCCCUGUACCUACAUCCCUCACCCCCUGUACCUACAUCCCUCACCCCCUGUACCUACAUCCCUCACCCCCUGUACCUACAUCCCUCACCCCCUGUACCUACAUCCCUCACCCCCUGUACCUACAUCCCUCACCCCCUGUACCUACAUCCCUCACCCCCUGUACCUACAUCCCUCACCCCUGUACCUACAUCCCUCACCCCUGUACCUACAUCCCUCACCCCCUGUACCUACAUCCCUCACCCCCUGUACCUACAUCCCUCACCCCUGUACCUACAUCCUCACCCCUGUACCUACAUCCCUCACCCCCUGUACCUACAUCCCUCACCCCCUGUACCUACAUCCCUCACCCCUGUACCUACAUCCCUCACCCCUGUACCUACAUCCCUCACCCCCUGUACCUACAUCCCUCACCCCCUGUACCUACAUCCCUCACCCCCUGUACCUACAUCCCUCACCCCUGUACCUCAUCCUCACCCCCUGUACCUACAUCCCUCACCCCCUGUACCUACAUCCCUCACCCCUGUACCUACAUCCCUCACCCCCUGUACCUACAUCCCUCACCCCUGUACCUACAUCCCUCACCCCCUGUACCUACAUCCCUCACCCCCUCACAUCCCUCACCCCCUGUACCUACAUCCCUCACCCCCUGUACCUACAUCCCUCACCCCCUGUACCUACAUCCCUCACCCCUGUACCUACAUCCCUCUCAUCAUCCCUGACAGCUAUAAGGCCUCCUCUAGCAUGACAGUGGACUCAGGCCAGACAGAAUUCUGA